AUGACUGUUUCUGCGGAACUUCCAGAACCACAUGCACUCCUAACCAAUAGGCAAAUCGAUUCGUCAUUGACUGAUCGUAUUUCCAGAUUUCGAGAGAUCCCUCUUGCUGAACUCAUGGAACUGAAGCGUAAUGUUGAGAGUGAGUUGGAUAAACUCUAUACGACGUUACACGACCAAGGUAUUGGAAUGGACACACCAUUGAUAACACCAAAUGGGUUUCCCAGGGCAGAUAUCGAUGUUCUGGAGGUAAGACUAGUGAGGCGGAAUAUCAACAUGCUGAAAAACGACUUAAACAACCUUAUGGAGAGGCUACAUGCAUUACUCAAUGCGCACUUCAGUAAUGAUCAAAACGCUGCCGGAGGAUCCCAGUUACGAGAAGACGCCAUGGAUAUCGAUUACACUGUUCCCUUUGCAUUGAUAACAGAGAUUGCUCCCAACGGGCCCGUUCAUCUUGCAGGGAUUAAUAACGGGGAUAAACUCAUCUCUUGUGGUGUUAUACACGCUGCCAAUCACAGUAGGUUGAAAAAUCUACAAAACGAGGUGAUCAAUAACGAGAAUAAGACGUUGAAAAUCAGAAUACUGUCGACGAACCAGCAGAUCAUGGAUUUGCAACUGACUCCUACUCGAAAUUGGAAUGGGAGGGGAUUGUUAGGCUGCCGAUUACAAGAAUUGUAG